AUGUUUGUGCCAUGCUCCACUUCUGUUGGCACGGCCGACCGCCACUCGGUUGUCUACUCUACCUACCUCACUCCAUCCUACGUGCCCAUCACCGUCACCACCGUCAUCCCUGGAUGCAACGGCAACUGCCCCACGCCAACUUCUCAAACCCCCCAGGCAACCACUUCCCAGCCCGCACAGAGCCAACCUGGCCAACCUCAGAACACUCCAGUUGUGCCACCUCCUCAGCCCAACCAGCCCGCGCAGAGCCACCCAGCUCAGACUUACCCUGGCUCUCCUAUCGUCACACCUGCUCCCAACUGCCCGGCUGUUUCUGUUGUGACUGUCACUGUCACCCAGACUGAGACUGAGACUGUCUACCAGGGAGGCGGAUACACUCCCGUUCCCUACCCGCCCUCUUCCUCCCCCGCAGGCACCAAGCCCUCUGGUGCUAAGCCCAAGCCUUCCAACCAGCCUUGGUACCCCACGUCGAGCUCGACUGCUGGCCAGCCUCACCCCACUGGCUACGUGCCCGGCCCCAGCCCCGACACUGGCUAUCCCGCUAGCACCUUCAGCCCUGUGCACGGCAUCCCCGCCACUCCUCCUGCCGGCACUCCCACCUCCAAGCCUCAGUCCACUGGCUACGUCGCCUCCUCGCCCAGCCCCAUGAACGGCUACCCCGUUGGCACUCCCAGCCCCGUGCACAGCUCCGCGUCCUACCCAACCACCUCAUCGUCGCCCACGCCCGUCCCUACCGGCGGCUACGGCAGCUACGGUGGCGGCUACGGUGGCGGCUACGGCUACGGCUACGCCAACUAA